CAAUCGGUUUCGGUUUGCAUUGCUUGCACUUGCGACUUGCUUUCUUUGUUUAAACGAGUACUGAUUCAGAGUACGGGGUAAACCAAAAUUUAAAAAGUUCGCAAUUAUACGUUAAGUGUAUUCUUUCUUACAGGAUCUCGCACUAUGUUUAGCCGAAAUGUCUCCAACGCUACUGUUGCUGCUAAAACAUGCUCUCAUGUUGCUGGUGUGUAUCGCCGGCGACAAGCUGCCGUUAGUAGUCCAGAAACCCCAUCUACUGAGAGCAGUUAUCGAUAAUGCUAGUCACGCUUUCAUAGGUCUGAUAGCGACCGAAAUAGUCGUACAUCACUACAAAGACCAACUGGCGAAACACCAAAUGUACGGCCUCAUAGCGACCGGCUUCGUACUUUCCUCCGUAAUAGAUCUGGAUCAUUUCAUCGAAGCGAAAUCACUUCAUCUAGAGGAUGCUACCAGCCUAAAUAGACGACCAUUCCUUCACAAUUCCUCAAUAUUUCUAGUGCUUCUCGGUUCCAUCAUCGUCGCAGUAGGCCUCCAGCAACACGUGAUACUGUCACUCUGGUUGAGCGUAACUUUUGUGGCAUUUUUUACCCACCAGCUGAGGGAUGCCAUCCGGAGGGGAUUUUGGUUCCGCGCUCCUUAUCUCGACUACAGUACGGCUCCGGUGCUCUAUUGGGUUUAUCUGACGCUUACGCAGCUCUGUCCGCAUGCGCUGAUUCAGCUGCUCGCGAUGCAGGAACGCAGAGGACGAUUCUUACCCGUUAUCGAUGAUCGUGGCGUAAAGUAUAAGCCUUUGGAUGUGGUUUAAAAUUAGGAUAAAACUUUUGAAACAGUACAGAGUUAUCUGAUUGAUUUUUUAAGUAUUACAAUUGACGUUGAUUUUUUGAUAGCUUUUACCACCGUGCCAUUGUCACUCAUAAUCGUUGAAUAUAAUCGAUAGGUGUGAGUGUGUUUGUUUAGUAAUCCCUUAAAACCAGAAUGGAUCGAUAAAUAUAAAUUUUGAAAAA